CCCUGUCCACCAGGCUGAUUGGACUUUGUAUUGCCAAGCCCAGCCUCCUCCCUUACCCUAAGGCAUCUGCCAGCACCCUGCUAGAGGGCCAGUUUCCUUGUGACUAUAUCCCUGAUCAGCAGAAGCCCUGGUGAGGACCAUGUCGCUGUUUACGGCACUUCCUUUUCUUCUCCUGAGUGUGGUGACAGCAUCUUGUGCAGACAAAGAAACAGAGAACUGUGAGUAUAUCCAGAAGACCUGCCCCAUGAUUGCCUGUGGUCCUCCCGGCAUCAACGGCAUCCCAGGCAAAGAUGGGCGCGAUGGUGCCAAGGGAGAAAAGGGAGAACCAGAUCAAGGACUCAGAGGCUCGCAGGACCCUCCUGGAAAGAUGGGGCCUCAAGGAACACCAGGGAUCCCUGGGAUACCAGGACCAAUAGGCCAAAAAGGAGACCCUGGAGAAAAUAUGGGUGACUAUAUUAGCCUGGCUACUUCAGAAAGAGCAACUCUACGAUCUGAAUUGAACCAGAUCAAAAACUGGCUAAUCUUCUCUCUGGGCAAAAGAGUUGGGAAGAAGGCAUUUUUUACCAAUGGUAAAAAGAUGCCUUUUAAUGAAGUGAAGACUCUAUGUGCGCAGUUCCAUGGCCGUGUGGCCACCCCUACGAAUGCUGAAGAAAACAGGGCCCUCAAGGAUUUAGUCACUGAAGAGGCCUUCCUGGGCAUCACAGAUCAGGAGACUGAAGGCAACUUUGUGGAUCUGACAGGAAGGAGGGUGACCUACCAAAACUGGAAUGACGGCGAGCCUAACAACGCUUCUCCUGGGGAGCACUGUGUGACACUUUUGUUGGACGGCAAAUGGAAUGACAUCGCUUGUUCCGCCUCCUUUUUGACUGUCUGCGAAUUCUCUAUCUGAGGGAGCAUGAGCCUCAAGUCCUCCUGUUCCUUUACUCAUCUCAUGGGCCCACAACCUUGUUUGGAGGAUAAAUAUAUGUCAAUUUCACACACCCCGUACUGAGUUGCUCUUUUGUGGGGAAACAGAGACAAUGAGAAGAAUGGAUUGAGAAUGAUGAGAUGUGGAACUGAAAAGCGUGAAGAGACUUAUAGUGGUGUAAGAGUUUCUGGUUCAGACCGAGUCACUAAUAAUAAUUAUUUCAGGAACAAGAAAAUAAUGGUAGUAACAGUAGCAACAGCAGUAAUAGUGGGAGUACUAAUAACAUAUUUUAAAAUGUUUACUAUGAGUCAGACAUUACAUGUAAGAUUAUACAUUAAGUAUCUAAUUUAAUGAUGCUGUUCAUUUUUG